UGCUUUCUUUUUUGUAAAGUUUUACCGUGUUAGCAUGUUUUUAAUCGCUUGUGUUUAUUUACGGAAUUCCUGGUUUUGUUAGUAAUAAUCAGUCUUGCCGGAGCUAAGUAUUAGUAUCGGUUGGCUCAGAUGGUUGUUUGAGUUCUGUUUGUAGACUAUCAGGAAAUAUAAGUGAAAAAAAAAAAAUGCAGUUUUGUAGUGUUUGGAAUUCAGCUGCUUUUGUAUGAUCAUCUACGCUGGGGUUUAGUAUGUGCUCGGCUGGUAGAGCGCUAUUAGCUUUCGGAGCAGAUACUGUAAUUGACUGUUGAUCAUAGACCGUGCCAAGUGAUUUUUACAUGCUAUUUAAUAGCUCAAAAAAGACAUAUUUUAGAAAAGUAUGUGUGGAGGUCCAGAGCAUCCAGAGCCUUGUAGUGUAUGUGGUACGGGAACAACUGGUGUUCCAGACAAAGAUAACAAUAAUGUGAGGGUUAAUAAGCUAAAGGAUGUUGGAGGUGUUUAUUCAAGUCUGCUUGAGUCAGCCGCGAACAAUGACCUGAUAAGUCUUGAGCAAAUACUGAAAGAAGACGUGUUGAAAAUUAAUGAAGCUAGUUUUUGGUAUGGUAGGAAGCAUGGUUUCAAUCAGAUGGCCCUGGAGCAAAGGACCCCUGUGAUGAUUGCUGCUCUUUUUGGUAGUCUAGAUGUUCUAAAUUACAUACUUACUAUCUACUCUACAUAUGGGUUUGACAUCAAUCAUAAAUGUGGUUCAGACAACAGCACAGCUUUACAUUGUGCUGCUGCAGGAGGGGCAUGCUAUGCCAUUGAAACUGUUAAGUUGCUGAUACAGUCAGGUGCAGAUAUCAAUAGUUUGGAUGCCCUUGGAAGACGGCCUGCUGAUUUGAUCAUGUUUUCUCCAAAAUUACCACACGGCAGAUCUGUUCUGAAAGAAAUGUUGAAUGCUAAUGCUGAUAUAGAACUCAAUUCUUUCACUUUGCCUAAUGUUGCCAACAAUGUUUCAAAGGCUACAUUCUGCUUUUCUGAAUUUGUACACGAGGAUGCCAUUAAAUCACAUGGAGGAGACUCUAGUAGAUCAGGGUCUGCAUCUCCACUUUCUUCACCUCCACGGUCAUCAUCUCCGGAACUGUCUUAUACCCCUUGUCCAUCAACAUCCCCAAAUUUUAUAGAGUUAUCCAAGACUUUCUGUGUUAACAGUGAAAAGAAGGAAUAUCCAAUUGAUCCCUCUCUUCCUGACAUAAAAAACAGCAUUUAUAGUACAGAUGAGUUCCGAAUGUUUUGCUUCAAGGUGCGCCCUUGCUCCAGAGCUUAUUCUCAUGAUUGGACGGAAUGCCCAUUUGUGCAUCCUGGUGAAAAUGCCCGAAGACGCGACCCAAGACGGUUUCACUACAGUUGUGUACCCUGCCCAGAUUUUCGGAAGGGAGAUUGUGGACGAGGUGAUGCCUGUGAAUAUGCGCAUGGUGUCUUUGAGAGCUGGUUGCAUCCUGCUCAAUAUCGUACAAGGUUAUGCAAAGAUGGAACAAGUUGUGCACGAAGAGUGUGCUUUUUUGCUCACAAACCUGAGGAGCUCCGGCCCUUGUAUGUCUCUACUGGUUCAGCAGUGUCUUCACCGAGGACUUCAGCUCCUAUAGACAUGGCAACUGUAAUGGCUCCUCUUGUUCCUGGAUCUCCAUCUUCUGUCUUAAUGAUGCCUUCAUUCUCUCCUUCAAAUUCACCACAGACCAAUUUGUUCACUCCUCCAAUGUCGCCUUCAUCUCCAUCUGCGAGUAAAGCUUGUCAUUCAUCUCUGGGUGUGUGGUCACAGUCUAAUUUGCCAACAUUGCACCUUCCUUCUGGGGGAUGUCAAACUAGCCGCCUUCGUGCAGCACUAAGUGCCAGAGACCUUCCUUUGGAUGAUCAGACAGGAGGUCUAGAAAAUGAUGGCCAAAUAGCUAAUGAGGCUCUCUCAAAUCAUGUUAGGAUGAAUGCUGCUGUAAGUGCUUUAUCUGGGGAAGGGAGCAGGUCUCUAAGAUCUGGAAAAUACAGGGGUCACUUUCUUAAUUCUGCUUCAUCAAAAAAUCUUGAUGAUCUGUUUGCUUAUGAGAUAUCUUUGCCAGGAGUUGCAGAUGUGGAGCCUUCUGUUGUUCAACAUACCAGCAACCAGGUUCAGUCUAAUAAAACAAUGCAAGGGCAUCUUCAACUUCAAAAUCAGAAGCAGUUGUCAAUUGGUACACAGACACUUCCUCGGGUGACAACACAAAUGCACCAAGUGGCAGCAGAUCCUCAGAGCCCACGGCAUUCAUUUUUGCAAACGUCUAUGCUUUCAUCUACAUAUGGUUUGUCGUCCCUUGGUCGCAUGCCAUCAAUUAAUGGAGAUCUAGAGGGUGAGAAAUUCAGAGGGUCUCCUUUAUCUCCAGUUAUGUCAUCUAAUAUCAAUUCAAGAUCUGCCUCAUUUUCAAACAGGGAGAGAUCUAACUAUGGGCACACUGACUUAGGGGCCCAUUUAGUUUCUAGUGGUUCUUCAGACUGGGCCUCACCAAAUGGUAAACUGGACUGGGGAGUUCAUGGUGAAGAACUCAGCAAAUUUAGAAAGUCAGCUUCAUUUGGCUAUCGAAACUCUAAUGAACUAGAUUCAUCUUGGAAUCAAUUUCUGGUCAAGGAUUCACUGACAAAUGGCGGGCAUGAUAACAACCAGAGUUAUUCAAUGGAGACAUCAAACAAUGGCACAACGAAAGACACUCAACACGCAGUUCUGGCAUCCUGGAUUGACCAGAUGCAUUUGGAUCAGAAGGUAUCUUGAAAUUGCAGUAUAUUGGAGUAGGGAUUUUUUUGCAUAAUGGCCGCGGUUAUCUCUUUAUUUUUUGUAUUUUUAUAAAUUGUUUGUAACAAACUGUUCACUGUAGACCAUAACUGGUCUUCCACCAACUUUUGAGCCUUUUACAGGAACUGUAAAGUGCUCAAGGCUAAGGAAUCUAUGUGUAUUGCAGUAUCCGUAGAUUGGUUAGUGCUAGGCUGGAGUUCAAUGAAAGAUUAUAUGAGCAUCACAUGAAAUGAGUUGCUUUUUGAUGUGCUUAACGUUUAGAUCUGUUAGAAAGGCCAUGUACUGGGCUGAUUUUUGGAAACUGAUGAUUCUAUUUUGGGGGAAAACAGAGGAGGAGACCAUUCUGUCUAAAAGUUGUCCGCUAUAGCAAGACUCGAGGUUUCAGUUUCAAAGAAUCAAAGACAAACACAAUGUAGAUUCUCUUUAUUAGAGUUGUAAAGUUUAAAACUUAAAAGAACCAUAUAUUGACAUGCACUGCUUUUGCUU